AGGGAUAUCAUGGCGACGAUAGACGGCCGGCCGGCCCAAUAUGGUGUCACGCUUAAGCAACUCCGUGAGCUCAUGGAGCUCCGGGGUCGCGAAGGUGUCAACAAAAUCAAUGGCUACGGUGGUGUGCAGGAGAUUUGUAAAAAGCUGUAUACUUCACCCAAUGAAGGUCUUAGUGGAUCAGCAGCAGACAUACAACAUAGGCGAGAUACAUUUGGUUCCAAUAUGAUACCUCCAAAGCCACCAAAAACAUUUUUACAGUUAGUAUGGGAAGCAUUACAAGAUGUCACGUUAAUCAUCUUAGAAGUAGCAGCAUUGGUUUCAUUAGGUCUUAGCUUUUAUCAUCCUGCUGAUGAUGAGAAAACACAAGCAUCUGUAGAUGAGGACGAAGCGAAAUACGGUUGGAUUGAAGGACUCGCUAUAUUGAUUUCUGUAAUUGUGGUGGUCUUAGUGACUGCGUUUAAUGAUUAUUCCAAGGAGAGGCAGUUUAGAGGUCUUCAAAGUCGGAUAGAGGGAGAACACAAGUUCUCGGUUAUACGGCAAGGAGAAGUGAAACAAAUCUCUGUAUCUGACAUUGUUGUGGGUGACAUUUGUCAGAUAAAAUAUGGAGACCUGUUGCCUGCAGACGGUAUUCUUAUACAAAGCAACGAUCUCAAAGUGGAUGAAUCCAGUCUGACUGGAGAGUCAGAUCAUGUAAAGAAAGGGGAAGCGUUUGAUCCUAUGGUACUUUCAGGUACGCACGUGAUGGAGGGUUCCGGGAAAAUGUUAGUUACUGCAGUAGGUGUUAAUUCCCAAGCGGGUAUUAUCUUUACCUUACUGGGUGCUGCUGUUGAUCAACAGGAGCAAGAAAUCAAGAAAAUGAAGAAAGAGGCUAAAAAGCAGCGGAAGAAGAAGUCAUUACCAGGAGACGAGUCGGUAGAGAUUACCGGGAACAGUCACGUGACGGGAAGCGGCGGUGGAGGCGGUGGAGGUGGAGGUGGAGGUGGAGGCGGUGGCGGUGGCGGUGGCGGCAGUGUCAAGCACGAGGGCGGCGAGAAUCAUCACGCAGCCGCACCCGCGAGCGCCGGGGAGAGUGGAAAGAAAGAAAAGAGUGUUCUGCAAGCCAAGCUAACUAAACUCGCCAUACAGAUCGGUUACGCCGGCUCGACCAUCGCGGUGCUCACUGUCUUCAUUCUAAUCAUACAGUUCUGCGUGACGACCUUCGUCAUAGAGAGUAAACCGUGGCGAAAUACGUACGCUGGUGAUCUGGUGCGACAUCUGAUCAUCGGUGUCACGGUGCUCGUAGUCGCCGUACCCGAGGGUCUUCCUCUAGCCGUCACCUUGUCGCUCGCUUAUUCCGUCAAGAAAAUGAUGAAAGACAACAAUCUGGUGCGUCAUUUGGACGCCUGCGAGACGAUGGGUAACGCCACCGCCAUUUGCUCGGACAAGACCGGCACCCUGACUACGAACCGCAUGACCGUGGUACAGUCGUACAUAUGCGAGAAGAUGUGUAAGACAACGCCGAAUUUCUCGGACAUUCCGAGCCACAUCGGCGAGUUGAUCAUACAGGCCAUCUCCAUCAAUUCGGCGUACACGUCGCGGAUAAUGGAGUCGCAGGACCCUGCUGAAUUGCCGACACAGGUUGGCAACAAAACCGAAUGUGCCUUACUUGGAUUCGUAUUAGCCCUGGGCAAGAAAUAUCAAACCGUGCGGGACGACUAUCCUGAGGAAACCUUUACGCGGGUGUAUACGUUUAAUAGCGUAAGAAAGAGCAUGUCCACCGUUAUCCCUAGAAAGGGUGGUGGAUUCAGGCUCUUCACCAAGGGCGCUUCCGAGAUCAUCAUGAAGAAAUGUGCCUUUAUAUAUGGUCGCGAGGGUCAUCUGGAGACGUUUACCAGAGAUAUGCAAGAGCGUCUAGUAAAGAACGUGAUCGAACCCAUGGCAUGCGACGGGCUGCGUACCAUCUCCAUCGCUUAUCGCGAUUUUGUUCCUGGCAAGGCGGAGAUCAAUCAAGUUCACAUCGACAACGAGCCCAACUGGGACGACGAGGAUAAUCUAGUGAACAACCUCACCUGCCUGUGCAUCGUCGGUAUCGAGGAUCCGGUACGUCCCGAGGUACCGGAUGCGAUCAAAAAAUGCCAAAAAGCCGGCAUCACUGUGCGCAUGGUUACGGGUGACAAUAUAAACACCGCGCGAUCCAUCGCGCUCAAGUGUGGUAUCCUGAAGCCGAACGAAGACUUCCUCAUUCUGGAGGGUAAGGAGUUCAACCGCAGGAUCAGAGAUAGUAAUGGCGAGGUGCAGCAACAUUUACUGGACAAAGUGUGGCCAAAACUACGAGUAUUGGCCAGAUCGUCUCCCACCGACAAGUACACCUUAGUGAAAGGCAUCAUUGACAGUAAGGCGAGCGACAGUCGGGAGGUCGUGGCAGUAACCGGCGACGGCACAAACGAUGGUCCGGCUUUGAAGAAAGCCGACGUCGGUUUUGCUAUGGGUAUUGCCGGUACAGACGUCGCCAAGGAAGCGUCCGAUAUCAUACUGACGGACGAUAACUUUUCGUCGAUCGUGAAGGCGGUUAUGUGGGGCAGAAACGUCUACGAUAGCAUCGCCAAGUUUCUGCAGUUCCAAUUGACCGUCAACGUGGUCGCCGUAAUUGUCGCUUUCAUCGGUGCUUGUGCCGUGCAGGACUCGCCGCUUAAGGCGGUGCAGAUGUUGUGGGUAAACCUAAUCAUGGACACAUUAGCGUCCCUCGCCUUGGCCACCGAAUUGCCUACGCCCGAUCUACUCCUCCGUAGACCGUACGGUCGCACAAAACCACUCAUUUCCAGGACAAUGAUGAAAAAUAUUCUCGGUCAGGCCUUUUAUCAAUUGGGUGUAAUUUUCGCGCUUCUAUUCGCCGGUGACCUGAUGCUCGACAUCGAUACGGGCCGCGGAGUAGCGGCGGCAGGCGGUGGGCCCACGCAACACUUCACCGUCAUCUUCAACACGUUCGUCAUGAUGACUCUCUUCAACGAAUUCAACGCCAGGAAAAUUCACGGUCAACGCAAUGUCUUCCAGGGAAUAUUCACCAACCCCAUCUUCUAUUCGAUUUGGAUCUGCACGUGUUUCGCGCAAGUGUUUAUCAUACAAUACGGUAAAAUGGCAUUCAGCACCAAAGCGCUCAGUUUAGACCAGUGGUUGUGGUGCCUGUUCUUCGGAAUCGGUACGCUAAUAUGGGGCCAAAUAGUUACGACUAUUCCUACACGCCGAAUUCCCAAAAUUCUUUCAUGGGGCCGCGGCCAGCCGGAUGAUAUCGGUGCGAUCAAUCUAGGAGACGAGAAAUUCGACCCUGACUCGGAUAAAAAGCCGCGCGCAGGACAAAUUCUAUGGAUCCGUGGUCUAACACGGCUACAAACACAGACGAGCAAUAGAACUCUGGUGCAGAAUGUAUCUGUGACAGGCAGAUCCCCUUCUCAGGAUUACUACAUGGUUAGUCCGCAAGUCCACUAUCAUCCGCAAGUUUGCUCAUUGUUUGACCGUGUUAAAUAAUCUGAUUAACCGUUUCUCUCUAUAUUUAUCUAUACAUAUAUAUUUUCAUCGUCUUUCUUUGGUUCCUCUGAUAUAUUCUGACUUUUUUUUGCGAACACUUUUUUGAUCGAUAUGUACCAUGUACUAUGAUUUCCUACAAGCAGACCUUUUUCAGUUUGCCUUUUGUGUUCUCUAUCUCUCUCUAUCUCUAUCUCUCUCUUCUACUACUACUUACUACUACUAUUUAUCUGUCUCUACACACGUCUCACAAUGUCUGCAUUUUGUUUAACAAGUAAGUGCUUGCGGACUGCGAGUUUCGAUUAAUAUUUUUCGCCCGUGUGCUUAUUAUAUAUAUACAUAUAUAUAUUAUUACAUGCGACACCCGUCUUUUGUGGUUGAUUCUAAACUAUCCUCCACAAAUAAAAAAAGAAAACCAGAAAACCGGCAGCCAGUAUAUAUAUAUCGGCGUCGAGCAAUUUGCAUCGCCAUGAUUAUUGUCACUGCGGCAGCUAAUUAUAUCGCUCCUGAUGUAUCUUUCUCUUUUUGUUCUUUUUUUCUUUCUGUAUCACCACCGCACCUGCCUCUUACUCUCUUUCUCUUUCUUUGUUUGGUGGAUCUUGUGUCGCGUAAUACGAUCGCACGUAUACGAUCGUAUAUCGCUUCUCCCGAUGUCACCAACUCCUCUGUCCUUAGUAUCUCUGUUAAGCGAGACGCUAAUGGGGCGCAUGUACGUAAAACACGCCUCCCGUUUACGCGUGACAACGAGAAAAGAAAAAAAGCAGCCGACCACCGCCCACGUGGUUGGGAAUCGUUACUGGCUAUUGUUAUUUGUUGCCGCGAGAGACACGUUGAUGGCUCUGACGUUCGAUGGAAUAUACAUUAACGAUUACGACCGUUUUGGCUGCCGUCAUACGCUUCUCUCGAUUGUCUCCCUUCACCAUAUUACUUUCUUUCUUAUGUGUCUUUUCUCUUCCUUUCUGCCUUUCCCCAGUCUCCAUUCUUCUUUUUGUUCCUUUCUCCUUCUUUUCUUUUACGCCUCAUUUCCACUAAGAUGUUGCAUGUACGUGUUUGUGUGCGUUCUUUUUUUUUUUAUUCUUAUUUUGGCGCGUCGGAGGUGCUCGUCAGCUGACUUGGAAUCAAACAGCCAAGGGCGAGCCGCGCAGCUUUCGAAGUGACGUGAUCAGAGAUGUACGGCGCUAUAACACUGCGGUGUGUGCUACCCGUUUCCUCGAUACAACAGCGCUGUUCCUAGAAAUGUUAGUUAAGGUUGACUGAGGUUUCGGUGAUUCCCAGUCAGAUUCUAUCUGUCCUAGCUGCUGCAGAUUCUGCCUUCGCUUUUGGUUCCGUCUUCGAGAGGAGACGGAGGAUCAGUUGAGCCCCGGUUAACGUUAACUAACGUUCCAAGGAACGGCCCAAGCCCAAGCACACUGGAACACUGGACAAGUCUCCUUCUUUUUGUUUUGGAUCUAUGUUCGCUUUCUUGUGUGAGCAUCGUUUUCUUUUUUUCUUUCAUUUCCGGCGUACGACUCGCUCGGUCGGCCGGUUCUUCUCUACACACACGCCGUGUACAUUCG